AUGGAUAACUCACAAAGUUCGGAUUUUUUAUCUGAAAGCACUGAUAUAUUUUGCAACAGUCCUGAUGCUGAUUCUACGAUUAUGGAUACUGUCACAUAUGAAUCACUAGUAUCGAAUACCAAACUGGCUUUCAAUAACGUUCGCAAAGAGAUAGGAAGGUCUGCUUUUUCUGAAUACUUUUCUAGUCUAUUAAAAGAUUGCAGCUCCUGUAUUUCCCAGAGUUUAGAUUUGAUUACAACAUUGCUGUCUCAAACAUACAUAAACAUCAAUAAGGUAAUAGAAUACAUGGGUGAUGCUGCAUCAAUGCUCCAGUUGUUAUCUGCCUUGAUAAAGAACAUAAUUCAUACAAUAUCAAUGUCAUGUUGUUCUAUGAAAACAUUUCCAACUGUCACUGGGCAAAUUGUUAUGUUGGUUUUUGCCCACUGUAAAGACAGUGAAUCAGUCUAUGGGAAUCAGUUGCAAAUGGUGGAGAAGUCUAUAAAAGAUCUAUUUAGAUCUUGCCAUGAACUGCAACUGACAUACCUCAUGGCAUUGGAAAAACACUAUGUUUUUGAUCUCACUGAGCAUGAAGAAAUAGAUAUUCUGAUUGAAGCUUUAGGUAUCAAUUUAAAAAUAGGUGAAAUAGUACAAAGUCUUGAUGUCAAAACUAUGGCUGAACAGUGGAAGGCUUACACCAUGAUUUGUGAAAAAUAUUCAAGUACUCUUAUGGACAAAAAAAUCUAUAGUGACUGCACUAAAAUAUUGUGUACCAUGGUCACAAACACUAUAAAGACAGCCUUAGAGGAAAAUCAAGAGCAAAAAGUGAUUCUUAGAUGUCUUAAAGUAAGCAGUUUUACUCUCAAAAUAUUACAAAGAGUGUGCAUUAUUUUCAAGCAUGCUGUGAAUAAGGACUAUGACAGUAUCAUGGAAUUGCUAUUAUUUGUUAACUUAAAUAAUGAAGCUUAUUUGCAAACAAUAGGUGGAAAGUCUCCGCAGUUUAUAAGUCUAUUCAACAGCAAUGUCUUAUCGCCGUUGAACGUCCUGCUGGUCGAACUUUUAUAUGAUAAUAAGAUGUUACAGUGUAUAUGUAACUACGACGUACAUGCAAUAAGGAAAGAUGACAAGCUACUUGGGUUAGUAAUAUUAGUUAUAUCAACAAUAAGAUCAUUACUACAGAAAGGGGGCGAUCAACUAGCAAAGUUACAGAAACAUUUGCUUAUCAACGUUAUUUACGGUUUCCUACCUCUUUGUCACAUUUGGUUCAAUAUGGGUCUAAUAUUUAGAUGCGAAGUGACUGAUGGAUACUAUCAGACGUACGGUUUGUACGAACAUUUGCUCACGCACACGGUCACUUUAGCGUCGAUGAUGAUUAGUGAAGAAAUUAACAUUAUGGAAAAGAGAAUGCUCGAGGCUCUACUCGGCACUGACUGUACGAGCGCAAUUUUUACUUCCAAUCUUUGGGUGCUAUUGGCCGGAAUGUCAAGCCGGCAACUACUUUUAGCUCAAGUUGUAUCGCUGAGUAAAAUAUACCAGAAGCUAGAAAAUAACAUUUUAUUUUUAGAUUCUCCUCAAAAAGUUAAUCUGAGUCACACAAUGGGAGCAUUAUUUGAAAUAAUGGCAAAUGAAGAUAAGAAGAAAAUAUAUAACAUGUUCAAUAUAAGUGAUGAGAGAAACAUGAACUUAUGGAGCUGUUUAAAAAUAAAAAACCUUCCGAGUGAAGUACAGUGUCACGCUGAAGAGAAAACUUUAGAACAAUUCCAAACGCAAAUACAAAAACUAGCAUCUAAUAAAAAUAUUAAAAUAGAUUCUGUAAUAAAGCUGAUCGUAAUGGCGAGUACUUGCCCGCACACAAAUCGAGAUGACGCAUUGGAGUUUUUUGUAAUAGAAGCAUGGGGCAAGGCUUGUCUAAACAAGUUGAAACUAACAAUGAAAAUGUUACAUCAAGGAACCUUAUGGUUUUACAAGUACAUCGAAGCUUUAGUCGCUUUGACGGAAUCUGUGGAACAUAUUUUUGAUGGAAACAGUGUUCAUGUUGUCAAGGUGCUUCAUAUUAUAUUCAAUGUCGUACAAGAAGGAUGUACAGAAUUAAAUUUACUACUUAUUGAUAUUCUAUGUAAAUUAGCAAAUUUCGUACCUAACGAUAUGAAUAAACAUACGGCGGACACAAUUCUCACGCAAACUUUUGGCGCAUUAUUUGAAAACACAGAAUGUAUAGUAAAGAACAAAUUAUAUAAUACGUUACGGCAGUAUGAAAAUAAUAGUUUGCAUAGAAUAGUGUAUCACGCCAUAAAUAAAGACGAAUCGCUCAAAGAAGCCUGGACUUACUUCAUAAAACAUGGCAAGGUGAUGAAAAACGGCAACACGACGUUGAAGAAACAAUUAGAGUACACGAUGGAUUUCAAGUAUUGUCACAAAUGCAUUGAACAAGGUGAUGAUUUUAGAGAUUCUGGAUCAGUGUGCUUGCAACAUACCUUGAGCAAUAACUUUGAUUUGAUAGAUAUUGACUCACUGUUCGAACCGGAGUCUGACGCAGAGCCUGCCUGCAAGAAAGCUAAAUUAAACAUUAAUGAACUAGAAGGGAUAGUAAGAAGAUUGGAGACAGACGCGUCGUUACUUUGUAGUGUAAAAGAAAAUAUUUUCACAUCUGAAUAUAAAAAUAGAAUAAAAAUUGUAUGCAAUAAGUUAAAUAACAUAAUAGAUUGA